UUGGCUGGCAAUGACCUGAACACUGAGCAAAACCUGAAAAAGUUCAAAUCUGACCUACAGUUUUACAGCUCAACUCAUGACAAUAAAGGUGUUUGUUGUCACCUGAAAGGGGGAGGAGCCUAAGGUGUUGGUGGUUUCAAACAGACCUGGAGCUCAGGGUCUGAAGAGAGCAGCGCUGGCCGGCAUCCAGACCAGGGUUGUGGAUCACAAGCUGUAUGGCAGCAGAGCUGAGUUUGAUGCCACCAUUGACCUUCUCCUUAAAGAGUUUGGAGUGGAACUGGUCUGCCUUGCUGGUUUCAUGAGGAUCCUGACUGGGAUCUUUGUGAAAAAAUGGCAUGGGAGGCUCCUCAACAUUCAUCCCUCCCUGCUGCCUUCAUUCAAAGGGGUCAAUGCCCAGCAACAGGCUCUCCAGGCCAGAGUGCUGAUAACUGGGUGCACCGUCCACUUUGUAGCUGAAGAGGUUGAUGCAGGCGCCGUCGUGGUCCAGGAAGCCGUUCCGGUGUUGGUUGGAGACACAGAGGAAAGUCUGUCAGCCAGAAUCAGGGAGGCCGAGCACAAAGCGUUCCCUAAAGCUCUGGAGCUGGUGGCCAGUGGAGCGGUGCAACUGGGACCAGAUGGAAACAUAGUCUGGAAGCAAGAGCGUUGAAAUGUCUCUACUAAUGCAUGUCUGACUAAUGAUCAGAAACCAUAGUUUACAAUAAAGUACAUCACUGUCAA